GCAAGCCAGAAAACACCGAAGACGCAUCCGUAUCACAGAGAAAGAGAGGUUACUAACUUGCAAUGGAAAACACAUCUUCUGUUGAGUUCCUUCUCCUCCAAGAAGUUCAAUUCUUGGAAGUGAAAGACGAUCUUCUCUCUCAGUGGGAAUUUGUCAACGUUCUGGAUUCUGAAGAAGCACACGAAGAAGAAGAAGAGGAGGAGGAGGAGGAGGAGGAGGAGGAGGAGGACGAUGCAGAUGGUGAUAGCGCUCCCCAGAAGAGAACUGGUUCUUGGGUUUCUUCGAUUUCUUGGUCCGUUUCUCCCAAUACAGGACCGAUCGAUGGCAUUCGUUAUCACCUUCCUCAUUUCGUUAUCCCAAAACUGAAGGACCAGCCUGAUGACGCCGAAGAUAGCAACGGCGAUCGCUGUUUUGACGAUGUUGAGAAUGAGAUCGAUGGGUCUCAAUCUGGUGAUGGCGAUGCAGAUGGUUACGGUGGGGAUGACUAUGAGGAUACGGGUGAUUACGAUGGCUACGAUUUGGACGAUGAGCUCGUUCCGUGGUCUGUGAACACUAAAUUUGGGAGGCAGAGGAUGAGGAAAUUGGGGAAAAGGGCAUUUUCGAAGAUGAACAACUCUAAGAGGUCACCAUAUCUGUAUGUAAGGCCUGGAUGUGUUCGUGGCAAGCAUGGGCUUGGUCUUAAGCACAAUUACUAACGUUUAAGCACAAGGUAUUUGGAGACUCGUCCUUUCAAGAAAGAGUCUUGGAUUAGGGGUAGGAUGUAAUUGAUCCUUAUGAUAAGAAAGCUCGUCUUUCUUUUAUGUGGAUGCCAUUUGUUGUGUAUAUAUAAUUACGUAUUUGAUGUAAUAGUUUUUCCUUUUUACGUUGCUUGGUUAAUUUCUUGGGUCCACGUGAAUCGCUUCUGACCUGAUUGUAGAAACUUACCAGGAAAUGGGCAUCCUGAAUAAAAGAUCAAGGAGUUUGAAUUGAAAUAA